AUGGCUGAUUCAGAAUUUCUUACUAAACAACGUCUUAAUUUGCUCACUACUUCUACUACUAAUACUACUACUACUACGACGACUGGUAUUACUGGUGCUGGUGUUGGUGUUGUUGGUGGUAUACCUGGUCCAAGUGUGAAUGGCCUAGUCGAUGUUGUCAGUGAUGAUGAAUCUGAGACAGACUUAUUAGAGGAUAUUGAAAAUAUUUGCCAGUAUGGAAAAAAAAACGAUUUCAAACCGGGUACUGUUGAAGAUGCUUUGGCUAUUCUACAAUCAUCACUUGUAACUUCAAUUCAGUCCCGUCAGUCCAACAUGUUCGGGGGUGGUAGUGUUGGUGGUACAUCUCAAACUUCCAUGUCAACUAAGCACUCAACAUCUCCAGCUUCAGUACGUGUACCUAAUUCACAUGUGACAAAUAUGAUCAAUCCCCCCACGCCUCAGAAAAAUUCCUCACGUCCUAAACAGGCUAAAAAGAAACUUCCUCCUCCUUCAAAGCAUAUUGCACGAAUCGGUGCUCAAGCUGAAGCGAAGAGAAAACAGAAUGUGAAUUCCAAAGCCAACUACACUAAUCCUGAACGGGAGAGAGAGAGCUUUUCCAUGAAAUCUCUUACCUCUGUAUGGUAUAGUACAGUAUAGUAUAGUAUGGUGUGGUUGGUGGGAACUUCAAUAUCACUGAAGAGUAUUCCUUCUUACCAGAGGUGGUGGUAGUAAGAAUCAUCUUGACAGUACGAAUUAUAUGAUUGUUACUUAUUCUCAAGUCUGUACUACUACUACUACUGUGGUGAGUGCUGGUUUGACUGCUAGUCAAAGUUGGUAGACAGUAAUUUACGUCUAUGGGGCAUAAACAUUGGCGUAAAUUACUGUCUACCAACUUUGGCUAACAGUCAGCUCUCAGCACACUACUACCAUUACUACUAUUAUUAUUAUUAUUCUUGAGAAAUAAUAUUUGUUUUUUUAUCUUGAUUUAUUUCCUUGUUUUCGAUUUAUUAUUUUCUCUUUUGUUGAGUUUUAAUAUCCCCUGAUGGAAUAUGUUUUGGUUUCGAACUAAUAUUUUUCGUCGUUUUGUGUUUGUGUGUGUGUGCGCACUAUUCAAACAGUCAAUAUAACUGCAAAAGACAAAAUCGUUUUCACGCUCAUUUUGACUUGUGUGUGUAUAUAUAUUUCCAUGUAGAAUUGUGUAAUUCACUCUGUACUCCUAAUUGUCAGUGUUUUUCUGAUUCUAUGGCAACAGUGUCUAAUUCUUCCCGUCCCGCCCCACCGCCCUCAUUAUUCAACUUUCAUUGUGUGUAUGCUCCCUGUUUGUUGGUUGCCUCAGUUUAUGGUCUGAUGUGAUGUGUUGUACCACUUCAACGAGGAUAUAUCUAAUCUGGAAUGUUUUGUUAUUUUACUGAAACAGUCUUAAAACAAAUCUGAACCAAAUAGCAUCAUCAUCGCCAACACAAUACAAUGAGAAGUAGGGAGGAGGAUGACACGAGCAGGAGUAGGAGGAUGAGGAAUGAACGUGUUUUAAACAGAAGGGAAAUGAAGUGCUCCGACUUCUCCUCCUCAUAGAAGAGGAGGAGGUGUAAAUUCUUCUUCGUCUUCUCUGUAUUCUCUGUUUGUUUAAUAUUUGAAAACAAAAUAGAUUUCUUCUUUUGAUUUAUUCAUUUUUCUUAUCUGUUUAUCUAUUGGUCAAUAUUUCCAAAGUUCGUGAUUAAAUCAGUCGUAUUCACUGUUCAACCCAGUAUACCUUUUUUAAAAAUGUUACUCUUGUACAUAUUAUACAUGUAUAGAUAUAUCGAUAUAUAUAUGAGUACGUCUCAGUUCUGUUUGUGUUUCCGUUGAGUUGAAUAUGAUGUAGUUGGACAUCAU